AUACACAGCUACCAACUCCAUCAUAGUCCAUCGCCGACCUUGACCUUCACUAACGAGAGGCCAUCGUCAGCCUUUUACCACUUCAACCUUGACCCUAUACAGGGCUUUCCUUAUCAUCCUCUCACCUUUUGAAUCUACCAAAUCCAUAUAAAUCUGCCCAUCAUGUCGCAACACGCCUUGUCCGACCAGCAGGUCAACAAUGAGCUCAGCAAGAUGACGGCGUUCAUCAAGCAAGAGGCCAUGGAGAAGGCCCGCGAGAUCGAGAUCAAGGCCAAUGAGGAGUUCGAGAUCGAGAAGUCCAAGCUCGUCCGCCAGGAGACAGACGCCAUCGAUAGCCAGUACGAGAAGAAGUUCAAGCAGGCCACCAUGUCCCAGCAGAUCACCCGCUCAACCGUUGCCAACAAGACGCGACUCAAGGUCCUCGGCGCCCGCCAGGAGCUGCUCGACAACAUAUUCGAGGAGGCCCAGAAGAAGCUCGCUGAGGGUGCCAAGGAUAAGGGCAAGUACCAAAAGGCCCUCAAGGGUCUCCUGCUCGAGGGUUUCUACGCUCUGAACGAGCCUGAGCUCCAGGUCCGCGCGCGCAAGAAGGAUUACGAUGUUGUCAAGAAGGCCAUCGAGGAGGCUGCCAAGGAGUUCAAGAAGGAGCUUGGAAAAGAUAUUACGGCAAAGAUUCAAGAGGACGAUCCUCUCCCCGAGGGAAUUGCUGGCGGUGUGGUUGUUAUCAGUGGAAAUGGAAAGAUUGACAUCGAUAACACUUUUGAGGCGAGAUUGCGACUCUUGGAAGAGUCUGCUGCUCCUGCAGUACGAGAGGCUCUAUUCGGCAAGAAUCCUAACCGCAAGUUCUUCGACUAAACCCCCUUUGGCCACCAUAAAUAUCUCUAUAUGGGAGCCUCUACAUACCGUUUCCAUGAGUGCACGACUGGGGAGGCUCUUCAACCAUUCGCGACCCGCAUUGUUCAUCAGUCUGCGCUUGUAGUUUAGAUGCUGUGUAUUGUGUUUGACUCUUUUGUCUGAUUUGGGACUUGGCCCGCGGUAGAAUUGAUUACACGUUCAAAUACUCGCGGCAUACAACAGUACCUAGUGA